CACGAUGAACGGAUCAGAACCUCCAGGUCUCGGCAGCACCGGCGUCUUCGGCUCAGACAUCAAUGGACACAGGUCUCCGUCUCCAGAACCUCUCAGGAACAAAGCCAAGAGUGGUGCCAAAGUUCUGCACGGACCAGAAGAGUCGUACUUCCUCCGGUCUUCCUCCAAACAAAAACACAAAAAACCCAAGAAGCAGUACACCAGAACCAGAACCAGCAUCAACAGCCUGACGGACACGUCCCAGUACCAUGUGGAGCACCUCAGCACCUUCGUGUUGGACAGGAAGGACGGGAUGGUCACGGUGGAGGACGGCAUCAGACGUCUGCGGCUGCUGGACGCCAAAGGGAAGGUGUGGACCCAGGAGAUGCUGCUGCAGGUGGAGGACAGGGCGGUCAGCCUCGCAGACCUGGAGACAAAGAACGAGCUGGAGAACUUCCCRAUCAGCUCGAUCCAGCUGUGCCAGGCCGUGAUGAACAGCUGUAACUACGACUCCAUACUGGUCCUGGUCUGCAAGGACCAGAACCAGACCAGACCAGACCUACACCUGUUCCAGUGUGACGACAUCAAGGCCAAUCUGAUCCGUGCAGACAUAGAAAGUGCCAUCAUCGAUGCCAAAGGAGGCAAAGUAAAGACACGCCCAGAAACCCUGAAGAUGAUCCUGAAGAGCGACGGCAUCAUCCCACCUCCCCCCGCCAUACCAGCCCCCGAGGCUCCAGCCUCAUCUAAUCAGGUGGACCCUAAGGGCCGUGUGGCAGCCUGGUCAGCCUGGGCCAAUGAGCAGCAGCACUACGAGCAUCAGGACGAGCGGCCCGUGGACCUGACGGCGCUGGUGGUGGACCGGGAUGUGGUGGUCCAAGCCUCUGGUAGUACUGAUCUGGCUCGAAGUGUUGUGGUUCCUCUGCUCACCAGGGACGCCAUCGAGUUCCUCCAUGCCUCAGGAACAGAGGAGGAACGCCAUCUGUGGGUGACUCUGGGAGAUGGAUGGACCAAAUGCAGACUGGAGUGGCCGAAGGACCACUACUUCCCUCCCUGCACGUUGCGGUUCCGUGAUGGUUGGGAACCUCCCGUGUUGUCUGCCGUGUCUCUGAGUCGAGAACAGGAGCUGAUGCAGCUGGCUGAAAGCCUUGCCGGUGCAGACGUCCAGAGAACCGAUGAUCUGUGGCGGUCUCAGGAGCAGGUGGCGGUGCAGAGGUUCCCUCUAGCUGACGGGUAUGGCUCCUCCCACAAACGCUUCCAGGUCCUGGAUCAGGACACUGCCGUGGCGGCGUUUAAACACGCCUUCAGCCGCCGCGUGGACCGAGCUUUUGAUGCCGACAGAUUUCAGCAGAAACUUUUUGCCAAAUCGAAGUUCGACUUUGUGGCGAGGAACAGCACGGAGCUGUCGGUGUUUAAAGACGAGCUCGUGGAGGUGCUGGACGACAGGAAGCAGUGGUGGAAGGUUCGGAACGGCUGCGGAGCCUCGGGCUACGUGCCAAAUAACAUCCUAGACAUCACUAAAGUUGCAGACCCAAACCGAGGAGAACCGGUCUACAGCCACACCAUCCAGCUCAUGAUGCCAAAGAAGGAGUUUGAGUUGUUUAAGAAGCAGAGCACAAAGUCGGACCCCCUUCCCUCUAAUCCCACAGCCUCCUCGGUGACCGAAGUCCCCAUGCCGCCGCCCCCCGCCCCCUUCAGGCUCCCCACGCCACCGCUGCCACCUCUGGCAUCUGAGCCCCUCCCACCGAGCAGCGGCCGGCAGAACGGCAGCCCCUCCCCUGUGCCCACCCGUGGUGUUGUGAAGGACCCGAGCAGCCAGGGGGAGACCACCACCACCAACACCACCACCAGCACCACCAGCAGCAGCGGCAGGAAGUCCAACAUGGAGGAGGUUCAGGACGAGCUGGCCCACAGGCUGACUUUGGGUCGCAGCGCUCAGAAGAAGAUCCAGGUCCCGACCCGCUCCAGCUCCGGCAGCCUGUCCCCACCUGGCAUCACCUAUGACUCGUCUCCGCAGGAAGUCCGGGCCUGGCUGGAGGCCAAAGGCUUCAGCCCCGUAACUGUCAGCAGCCUGGGGGUUCUGACUGGAGCUCAGCUCUUCUCUCUGAACAAAGAGGAACUGAAGACAGUUUGUCCCGACGACGGAGCGCGCGUCUUCAGUCAGGUGACCGUCCAGAAGGCGGCGCUGGAGAAGAGUUGGGGCUCUGAGCUGCAGGAGAUCAUGAGGAGGCGUCAGGAGAAGCUGGCAGCCAGCAGCAUGGUUCUGGACUCGGGGCUGGAGUCGUUUGAUGAAGGCAGCGUGCACUGACCUCAUCACUUAGCUGCUGUUUGUCCUCAGGUGGAGGCGGACCGGGCCCAGUUUGUGGGGAUCAUGAGGCGCAGGCAGGAACUCCUCAGCUCGUCCCCCUGAGACCCCCUCCCCCACCCACCGGACCUCCAGUUAGUUCCAGAUCCAGCUGAUGUUCUACCUGAAGUUCACAGGAAGCUCCUCAGAGUGACCCAGGAAACACUUCAUCAGCUGUUCUUUGUGCCGCUGCAGAACCUGAAGAACCUGAAGAACCUGAGAAGCUCAAAAUCACAUUGAUUCUUAACCUGCUUUGACUCCUCAGAGUUCUGGGACCCCUCAGAGUUCUGGGACCCCUCAGAGUUCUGGGACCCCUCAGAGUUCUGGGACCCCUCAGAGUUCUGGGGCCCCUCAGAGUUCUGGGACCCCUCAGAGUUCUGGGACCCCUCAGAGUUCUGGGACCC